GUCUUGCUCCGUGAAGCCGUAUCUGCGCUUCAUGUCGUCGCGCUUGCGCUCCAGCAGCCGCUUUCUGGAGCUCUCCGCCUCGGACUCCAGCGCGUCGAAGACCGCGGCGCCCACCAGCAGGGUACCAACAAACUGCUCAUGCAAAGUAAGAAGUGCCAGCAUACGGCAGAACAGUGCAAUUGGUCUUGCCAAUUAACUGCAAUUACGACUCAAGCAAUUGGGGGGGGCACUGCCCCUCCUUGUCCCUCCCCCGAAACUCCAUCCAUGGCAUCCAGAAAGAGGAACUGAACUUUAUAGUGGUCUACGACGUCACAACAUGGCCUUCCUCUUAAACAACAACCCUAAUGUAAACCGCACCUCAACGACGGCAAAUUUUUAAAUGCCUGCAAUGUAAAUUUUUACUAAUUAAAAUCUAUAUCUUCAAAAGUACAAAAUAAUUCUGAAUAAACAAAAAAGCACCAUUUUGAUCAAAAUAUUCCGUGUUUUUCUGUUUGGACUUGGUCAUAAACAGUGGUUUUUACUUUCAUUUCUGCCGCCGGGAUUCCACUUUCGGUUUCUGUUCUGAAUCAUGAGAUCAGGGUGGGGUACGUUCCUUUUCAGGCUGCUGUCCCUCUGGGUUCAGUACUUUUUAUUCCCUAUCCGUCACUCAAUUCGCCAUCUACGAAAAGGCGUUGCGGCCAUCUGCUCGAAAAUGCACCGCCGGUCGGAUGUGGAGGACGAGCUGGAGUACGAGUACGAUUCGACCUGGGAGGAGGAAUCCGGCGACAGCGGAGACGAACAAGCCGAGGAAAAGGAGACAGCGAGGAGUGACACCGCCAGGAGGCCUUGUCGCUACAUGAGAAAUAUAUCUGCGGCGAGGGACAUGCAGAACUACAGGCAUGACUACCCAAAGCCUUGCCAAAGAACAAAUAGGGACAAGAGGAAUUUAAAAUUCUACCUCGGCCAAAUACGCAGCUCUCCCGAUGGUUUUGUGAUUCAGGAUUUUCACAGAGAGUGGUUGGGAGACUAUGAAAGACUUGAGUAUGUUCAUUCCUACAUUCAGUGGUUGUUUCCAUUGCAAGAAGCAGGAAUGAAUUAUCUUGCUUAUGAACUAACCAAGGAGGAGAUUAAGGACUUCUGCGACAAUAAAGAUGCAAUGAAGAAUCUUAAGCGGUCAUACAAGCUCAUGUUGGACUUCUAUGGCAUAAAGCUGGUCAAUGAGAAUUCAGGAGAGGUACAACGUGCAAAAAAUUGGGAGGAACGAUUUAAAAAUCUUAACAGAAACACACACAACAACCUGCGCAUCACCCGUAUUCUAAAGUGCCUGGGGGACUUGGGCUACCAGCAAUACCAGGCACCGCUGGUUCGCUUCUUCCUACACGAGACUCUCGUUGAGGGAAACCUUGAGAAUGUGAAGCAAAGCGUGAUGGAGUACUUCAUCUUCUCCAUCCGCAAUAAGCAGAAGCGGCAGGAACUGCUUGAAUUUGCAUUCCAGCACUACCAACCCCGAGAAGAGUUUGUGUGGUGUCCGAGCAGGAUACAGAGGCGGUUUAAGCAGAAAGAGGAUCAGAAAAGGUAUGCAGAGGGAAAACAUCCAUGUCAACGUGCGGAUUGCAGUCCUCACAUGUCUGAAAGAUACCCAGCUGUUGUGGCAGCCCCGAUGAAAAAAUGCAUGGAAACUUCUGGCCCCUCACAGACAGACAUUGUAGACAAAGAAAGAGAAACAGACAAUUAUCAUGUUGAAAGUGCAGACAAUGCGACCAAAACAGCUGCAAAAGAACUAACUGACAAGGAGCUCAAUAUUCAGGAGACAGAGCAGACUGCAAAGAAAACAGAUGAGCCAAUUUCACCAGUUAAGCAAGUGGGGCAGGGACUUAACAAACCGAUUAAUCUAAUAGAAAACUCAAUGGAUCUUAAUAAUGAUGUGACAAAUCGCAGUAAAACGGAUGCAGUAAGUCGAGAAACUGUAUGUGAAAAUACAGAGAGUCCUAAAGUGGUUGGUGAUCAGGUUGUGUGUCAUACUAAUUUAAAUGACGAUUUGGAGAGUCAGGGUCUUACAGUUGAAGUGUCAAAGACUCACAUUAUUUUAAAUGAACAACUGGGGAGUGGGAAUGUCCAUGAGGAGAUGACAUGGAGUCACGUCACUCCAGCCACAGAAAAAAGGAGUUUCAGCGCUCCAGCUGAUCAAGAGGGCAGCAAGAGCUCUCUGGGUGAAAAUGGGAUUCCCAAUGCUUUAAGUGACACAGUAGAGGGUCACAGCUCUUUGAGUAAAGAUGGGAUUCCCAGGGCUUUAAAUGAAAAAGCAGAGAGUCACAGCUAUCCGGGUAUAGAUGAGAUUCCCGGUUCUUUAAGUGAAAAAGUAGCGAUUCACAGCUCUCUGAGUGAAGAUGCAAUUCAUAGAGUGGAAAAAGUAGAGAGUCACUGCUCUCUUGGUAAAGAUAGGAUUCCCUGUGAUUUAAAUGAAGAAGCAGAGUGUCAAAGUGUUGGUUAUAGUAUGGAGCCUAAAACAGAGUGAGAGCCAGAUGGGGAGAUGAGAUGAGUCAGUGCACAUUGAUAAAAUGAUUAUUCUAAUCCAGUCACCUAAGUAUGAGAGAAUUAAUGGAAAUAACAAAGAAGGUGAACAGUGUAUGGAUAUUACUAAGAACCUGGCUUAUUGUAAUUUGUUUAAAUCAAAACAAGAUUGCCAUGUAACUGAUAUGGAUUGAUCUGGUCUGGGAGAUAAAUUUUCUGAAUUUUGUUUUUUUGUUUGUUUAUAGUACUGUUGAAACGUGUGUUUAAAGCUCCACCUAGCACUGAAGUCACCAUGUAUCACACUGGCUUCUCACCUCCACGCCUCCCAUUCAGUCCUUUCCUGUAAGUUGAGAAAUAAAGGCUGUGAUUUUAA